GAAAUAUAAAUAACGAUGUGGAUCGAUUUAUGCGCCACCAAGCAGAUUUAAUGUUCCUAAUGAGACCUGGUCGGGUCACGUAGCACUGCUCGAUUUUCAACGUUUACCGUUGAUAAAGUAGAAACUUGAAAUUUAUAUCGAGAGAAAUUGUUAAAUCGGAGAAUAGUAUAUAUAAAUAUAUAUCAGAGAGGGAAUCUAUAUAUAUAUAUAUAUAUAUAAACGUUUCUAAACAAUCAUAAACAAUAUAAUUAUGUUCUCUAAAUAUCUCCGUUUAUCGCUGUUAUUAGGAAUUAUAUAUUUUCUAUAUUCGCGUGACUUUGUUAAGGAAAUCAAAACACAUUUAAUGGAUGGAACGUUGAAUAUAGUUGACAUGAUAUAUUUUGGAUUAAAUGGAAACGCUGACAAGCAAAGAAUGUUCACUACAAGUGAAUUGAGGCGAUACACAAAUCUGGAAAACGGUUUGUAUCUCUCGAUUUUAGGCCAAGUUUUUGAUGUGACGAAAGGUGACAAGCAUUAUGGACCUGGAGAAAACUAUCAUGCCUUUACAGGUCGUGAUGCUUCCUUGGCAUUUAUUACUGGAGAAUUUGAAGGUGAAGGUUUAACGGAUGACAUAUCCAGUUUAUCGGCGAGACAAGUUAAGGCUCUGGAUGAUUGGUUGCAGUUUUAUAACACAAAUUACAUCUACAAAGGAAAAUUGUAUGGCAGAUACUAUAAUCGAAAUGGUGGUCCAACUGCAGAAUUUCAUAAGGUUCAAGAGAAACUACUUCUUGCUAAAAAGGAAACGUCACUAGAGGAGAAACAGAAAAGAAUGUUUCCACCUUGUAAUGUAGAAUGGAAUCCAGAUAGUGGCACUACAUUCUGGUGUUCUAAAAGAAGUGGUGGAAUUGAUAGAGAUUGGGUAGGAGUACCAAGAAUGCUAUUUGAGAAUUUGGACGCACAAAGUACAUUUAGAUGCGCUUGUGUUAAACUGGAUAGUAAAGAAUAUGAAGAGAAUAAAGCUAUGUUGAGAGAAUAUGAUGGUUGUGCAAAAGAUGCGACAAAAUGCAUUCGAAAGAUGACUGAGACAUGAUGUGAAAAAGUAUUAAUUAAAUUGAUUAAGUAUUAGUAAAUUAAGCAUCUUUAUCUGUAGGAUUAGAUAUAUUUGUACUUAUUUUUAUACACAUACACAAUCAUGUAGAUUAAAAAUAUUAAUUUUUCAUGCAU